AUCAUACAAGAAAAUCUACAGUAGACUCUCAUUUAAAAUCAGAAAAACAUAGAAAUAAUAUUAAUAAAACUGAAAAAUUGAAAUCAACUCGCCAAACAACUCUUGAUACAGCCAAUAUUAAUGUAAAUGGACAGGAACUUAUUAAUAUUGCUUUAGUAAAUGCAUUUACUAAAGCCGAUAUUCCUCUAUACAAAAUCGAUAAGCUUAAAAGCUUUUUUUUAGAAUACU